CGGAAAAAGUGAGUGAACGAAACUUGAUACUUUAGGCGAAGAAGUACACAAGAAUCAAGCAAGCGGAAAGCAGGUGGGGAUCACUCAUAACCAAGCAUAUGCUAAUGUUAAGUCAUGAAGCAAGCUCUCUGCAUAGAGCUCCAGCAGUUUAUCCCUUGAAGGCACUGCGAGUGCGAGCUGCUGGUCGAGGGAGAAGUUUCACAAACAUUCCUUCAGGAUUGCAGGUGCGAUUUCAAGUGUUUGAUUUUCUCUGUCUUAGAUUUUCCAUCUUUGGAGCCCUUGUUUGACUUUUAGGGGUUGCCAUGGAUCCUUUCCUUCAGGAAUUUGGUACUUGGAAAAUCACUGCUGCUGAACAAUGUGGUGGUCGGGAUGGUGGUGGACUCUUGUGUUAUCGACGACGGCAGCUGUGCUGCUUCCGUUAAUCGUCUUCUCCAGGUUUCUGUUCCUCGAGAGGAGGGAAUCUGGAAGUGGGAGCUCAAAUGUCUCUUCACAAUCUGCGCCAACCACACCAGUCAAAGCUUCCGGUUCUGAGCUUAGUCCCGAAUCUGCCUCACUGCCUCUUCCCGCUGGAGUGUACGAGGUGUUCGUGAGCUGUACAGGUCCUGAAAUUCAGAACCAUUUCGGCGAUUUCCUCUACAACUACCUGGCUCGUUCGAAAAUUCGGACGUUUGGAAACGAGGAGCAGCUUCCCAAAGGCCAGAAGAUUGUUCCUGCACUCUUGGAUACCAUUACUCACUCCAAGCUCUACAUUCCGAUUCUCUCCAAAGACUAUGCUUCCAGCGAAUGGCGCCUCAGAGAGCUUGCGAAAAUGGUAGAGUGCUGCAAGGUAGGAACGGGGCACCUCAUUCUGCCCAUCUUCUACUUUGUACAGCCCGCCGAAGUGCAGCAUCAAAAGGGUGCUUACUCGGAGGCAUUUGAGCUACACAAGAAGGAACAUGACGAGGAGACUGUCAACAUAUGGAAAGCAGCUUUGGAAGAGGUGGGUGCUAUUAAUAAUGGAUGGAUUGUGACCGCCUCCGAUGGGCAGGGAGCAAUUGUGGAACAGGUUUACUCAACAGUAUGGUCACAUCUGAGGCAGGAUUAUCUAUUAAUGACCGACGAGCUGGUUGGGAUUGAGCAGCAUGUGGAGGCAGUGGUAGAAUUACUCCAUGUAGAAAGUGAAGGAGUCAAAACUGUUGGCAUUCAUGGAAUGGGUGGGAUUGGGAAGACCACUAUUGCCAUGGCUGUCUACAACAAAGUAUUCACUUACUUUGAUCGCUGUAGCUUUGUGGAAGAUAUACGAGAAAUUUUAGCACAACCUGAUGGUGUUGUGACUCUGCAGAAGAAGAUUAUCUCUAGCAUUCUGAAUAUGAAGAAGGAUGACUGUCGUAUUAGAGAUGCAAGUGAGGGGAUAUACAUGAUAAAAGAUAGAGUUUGCCAACACAAAGUUCUCAUUGUUCUAGAUAAUGUGGACAAUCAAUUCGACUUUGGCAAAAUCAUAGGUAAGCGUGGCGAUUUUUCCUCUGGAAGUAGGUUCAUUAUUACAACAAGGGACAGGAAACUUCUAAAUUUGCUUCAAGAAUAUGAGUUGUAUGAGCCUCCAACAAUGAAUCCUGAAAAUUCCCUUCAACUUUUCUGCAAGCACGCGUUGGGAAUGGAUUCUCCGCCAGAAGAUUAUGCAAUGUUAUCUAGGGAGAUCGCAUCUACUGCAGCAGGGCUUCCGUUGGCUCUUAAGGUAGUAGGUGCAAGUUUAUUUGGCGAAGAUAAAGCUAUCUGGGAAGAAACAUUGAUUCAACUAAGAGAAACACCACCUGCAGAGGUCCAGGAGAGGCUGAAGAUAAGUUUUAAAGCAUUAGCAUAUGAGGAGCAGCAGAUCUUUCUUGACAUUGCUUGUUUCUUCGCUGGAGAGGACAAAAAUACAGCUUCGUAUAUGUGGAGCGACUGCAAACUCUACCCAGUAAUUGGGAUUAAUGUCCUUGUUCUUAGGUCGUUUAUAAAGAUUGGAGUCGAUGGCGAGAUUAGGAUGCAUGACCAACUUAGAGAUCUUGGUAGAGCAAUUGUACGAGAUGAAAAUGUGGAACCCUGGAAACGCAGUAGGUUGUGGUCUAAUGAGGAAUCCUUGGAUGUGCUAAAGCUUAAGAAGGGAACAGAGCUGGUUAAAGGAUUUAGAGUCAAUUUGAAGUUGGAGCCUGCAGAUCAACAUCAACUGACAAGGUUGACAAAUUUUCGUCCCGCGAAACUGGUAAUUCUCGAUUUAUCUGGAAGUGGUAUCAAAGCUGACUGGGAAGGUUGGGGCAACAUUAAGGUGGCUGAAAAUCUCAAGGUCCUAAAUAUCUCCAACUGCAGUAAACUAACAAAGGCUCCUGACCUUUCUGCCCAUCGGAAUCUCGAGGUGUUAAAUCUAGAUGGAUGUGUUAAGAUCGUUCAGGAGUUGGGUGUUAGCGGCUUGAAAAACCUGAAGGUGCUAAAGCUUAACAAUUGUGGAAUAACAAAGUUAGCUGACAAGAUUGGAAUGCUUCAGAAGCUUGAACAGAUAGAAGCAUCAUGGUGUCCCAAUUUGAAAGAAGUUCCUGAUGAUAUUGGCCAAUUAGCCUCUCUGAAGACCUUGAUUAUGGAAUCUCCUCAAAUUUUUCACCUACCAGCAAGCAUUUCUAAGCUUUCAAGCCUUGAAACCCUUGAUUUACAAGGCUGUCUUGAGAUUCAAGAACCACCAGAGCUUCCGGCAAGUUUAAAGAAGUUAACCAUUACAUCUCCUGUUCCCAAUCUGUUGGACCUAAAGGAGUUGAAAGAGUUACGCAUUGACGAGUCAGGCGAGAUUAAAGAGAUCCCAAGAAAUAUAUGGAUAUUGUCCAAGCUGGAGAUCAUACAUCUGUAUGCAACUCCUAACAUCAAAAUUCUACCCUCAGGGGUUGGUGCCCUAACCCAACUUGUGGAACUCAGGCUGAACUCCUGCGAGGGUAUUCAGUGCAUUGAAGAGCUCCCGCCGUCUCUAAAAAUACUUUAUAUUGGUGGAUCUCCACUGUUGCAGAGAUUGCCAACUCUAGAAAACCUGCAAAAUCUGAUCGAGUUGAUACUGUCAUGCCCCAAGCUACAGGAGAUUCCAGGUCUUGGAGAACUGAAACUACUAGUAAAUUUGCGCAUACAUAAUGCCUUCAAUUUGCAUCAUCUCAAUGGAUUUGAGAACCUCACAUCUUUGAAAGCCCUGCUAAUUGAAAAGUGUCGCUCUAUGGAAAAUUUGCCAAGUCUGGCAACUCUGAAGAAGCUAAAGAGGCUCGAGAUUUGUGAAUGCCCCAAGUUCACUGAAUUUCAGGGCCUUGAGGAAGUGGAGUCCUUACAAUCUCUUAUUAUUGGGGAUUGUAUAUCCUUUGAAUGGUUGCCUAAUCUUGAGACUCUGAAGAAUUUAUCUAGACUGGACAUCUAUGGAUGUCCCCGUCUUACUGAAAUCCAAGGCCUCGGCGAGCUCCAGUCGUUGAAGGUUCUGUUCGUUCGAAAUUGUGAAUCGCUGGAAAGGUUACCUUGUCUGGCUAGUUUGAAGAACAUAAGCAGAAUCGAUAUCUGCAAAUGUUACUGUCUCACUGAAAUCCAAGGCCUGGGUGAAUUGGAGUCUCUGGAACAUCUUGAUUUGAGUGACUGUACAUCCCUAGAGAGGUUACCUGAUCUAUCAACCAUGACAUUGCUAAAAAAACUGAUACUAGAUAAUUGCGAGAGUCUGUCGAAUGUUGAAGGCCUUGAGACUCUUGAAUCACUAGAGACACUGAACUUGGGUGACUGUCAGUCGAUGAAACGACUGCCAUGCCUGUCACAGUUAAGGAAGCUGGAAAAGUUGGUCAUGAAUGAUAGCCUGCAUUUACGCGAGAUCGAGAGCCUUGAAGGCCUGGAAUCGUUGCAGAAACUGGACGUUUCUGGAUGUAUGGCGCUUGAAACUUUACCAGACCUGUCUGGUCUUAAGAAUCUUAAGGAGUUGGACCUCAGUGAAUGCGUGAAGCUGACUGAGAUCAGGGGACUUGAGGAACUGCAGUCACUUAAAGUGCUGAAGAUGAAUGAUUGCAAAUCGAUUGAGAAGUUGCCAAAUGUCUCACGUCUCAAGAAUCUGGAUACUCUGCUUCUAAGUGGCUGUAAGAAACUGAGUGAGGUUGUUGGACUAGAAGGAUUGAAUCUAUCGCUUCUCGACAUUUCUGGUUGCAGGUUGCUGUCAGGUAUACCAGAUUUUCCCAACACAAAAGUCCGGAGAUAGCAGAUGCUCUCCAUGAGGAAAAACUCAGUAACUAAUGGAUAUUUCUGCAGUACGAUCAGCCCGAAUUUCCACUCCGUGCUGACAGCUCACUCUCUCAGGUCACUGCUCACUCAUCUGAAUCUAUCACAGCCGCUGCUGCUCCCCGCAAUCAUCACAUAUGGUGAAAAAUAUUGCAGCUGAGCUCACUGGUUUGGAAGAUGAGUAACCAAGCAAAGCCAUUCCAAGAUCAUUCGAAAUGAAGCAUGAUGCUCUAA